UCGCAGGGCGCGGCCCUCAGUCUGCAUAAGCUUGCCAAUAAUAACACAUCUAAACAAUUUUGGAAUCUUUAUUUUCAUACAGUCGUAGUUUUUUUGUAAAUAUUUUUUGUAAAUAACUCCACGAAAUGGAUUUAAAAGGUAAAGUCGCGCUCGUAACCGGCGGUGCAUCUGGAUACGGCAAAGAGUACUGCAAAGAGCUUUUCAAGCACGGAUGCAAGGUGUCUAUUUGUGAUAUCAACACAGACGCAGGCGAAGACUUGCUCCACCAGUUGUCAAAGACUGCCAAAGAUAGAGUGAUUUUCUGCCCAUGUGAUGUAACCGAUUAUCCCCAAUUCGAAGAGGCUUUUCAAACGACAAUUCAGAAGCUCGGAGGCGUCGACAUUGUUAUAAACAGUGCAUCGGUGAUGAAUGACCGACUUUGGGAACUGGAAGUAGACGUCAAUUUGAACGGCGUAAUCAGAGGUUUGCUUCUGGCAUUCCGUUUCCUAGGACGAGACAGAGGCGGCCCGGGAGGCGUCGUGGUGAACACAGGUUCCAGUUGCAGCACCCACCCUUUUGUCUCUUUGCCGGUCUUCACGGCCACUAAGCACGCGGUGGCGGCUUUAACCCGUUCAUAUGGAGAUCAAUAUCAUGUCAACCUAACGGGGGUCCGUGUGGUCGCUUUAUGUCCUUCGCCCACUGAAGCCGCGCUUUCGGGGGAUCCUCGUAAAAGGAUUCUCAGUGGGGAAUACGAGCAGGCCUGGCAGAGGGAUAUCAGCAGUACAUCGGCAAUAAAGGCCGAAAAUUUGGGAAAAGCGUUGAUAGAAAUCAUCCAAAAGGCGCCUAGUGGUUCCAGCUGGCUGGUGGAAAAUUCGACGCCUCCGAAAGAAAUUGUUCUAUUUUCAUAAUUCGUUUUUUUUAUAAUCACACUCAUUGGGCAAAAUUAUUAUCUUUUAUAGCUUCGCAACGCCAUUUCAUGUGUCAUUUGAUAUAGCCAUUACAUAGUUAAUCCUAAAUGCUUGUACUAUAACAGCAUGAUUCAGGUUAGAUGUUAGUCGAUGAAAUUUUAUUUCAAAAUUAUAUCAUCGCAUUGUUUGUUAUAACUGCUAACAGCUGAAAUUUUUAUCUGAUUAUUGUUUUUAUAAAAAAUCUAAGAGUGGAACUCAAAAUUAUUAUUAAUUGUAU